UUCCUUAAAUUUGAAGCAAGUAAGCGGUAGUUUACCUAUUAGGGUUAGGGUGUCACACCUGUCCUGUCUCCCCACUCUGUUCAGUCCUGUGUCUCCUGAUUACUCCCACCUGCCUCUCAUUUUCCAAUCACCCAAGCUCCCAGCUCCUCAUGUAUUUAAACCCUCUCAGUUCUGUGUCUUGUCGGUUCAUUGUUUCCUUGUCCUCCGUGCUCAUGAUUAAAACCCCUUUAAUGUUCCUGUCCGCCUGCUUCUUCCCCAGCAUGUGGAUCCUCACCUCCAGCUCAACUUACCUGCGCGUGUGACAGAAUGAACCGACCUCCUGAAGGAUCCAGCGGGGAAGUCCUGCCCUGGGAUCCCCUCCACCCUUUGGGAGCCAGAUGGGAGGUUGGGCUGGGAGCCGCAGCUGGACCACUCUGGCCUUGUGGGCACCAGACUGGCUGUGUGCUCCCUGGAGUUGGUCCCCGGCACUGGGAGAGAACCCAGGCCUCACCGUCACCUCCAGCCCAGGAGCUGCGCCGCAGGCAUACCGCGGCUCUGGCUGACGUCGCCCCCGGCUGCAUGGUCUCCUCCCACUCCAGGGGGACCAUGAGAGGGACCAAACCAGCGGUCCACCUGGCGGAGUUUGCCCUUCUCCAGGCUGAGCUGGUCUGGCUGAAAAAUCUUAUCAGCCUCUGGGAGUUCCAGAUUGAGGAAUUUACCACCCUGAUUCUCCAGGCCACCUCACCAGCUCAGUCCGAGCUUUGGCUGCCCUCUGGGAGCGGCACCACUCCUACCAAGUCAGCAGCACCACUCCUGCCAAGUCAGUGGCUCUGCCUCCUGCCAAGACAGCGGCCCCACCUGCAGUGGUCCCGCCUGCAGCGGCCCCGCCUGCAGCCAAGUCAGCGGCACCAUUACCAUUCCGGUCAGUGGCACCGCCACCAGUCCGGUCAGCAGCAGCGCCACCAGUCCAGUCAGCGGCCCAGCCUGUCCAAGAGGCUCCGCCCCAGGCCCAGCCUGUCCAAGAGGCUCUGCCUGCAGCGGCUCUGCCUCCAGUCCAGUUGGCGGGCCCUCCUGCAGCGGCUCUGCCUCCAGUCCAGUCGGCAGCCUCUCCUGCAGCUGCUCUGCCCCAGUCCAAUUGGCGGCCCCUCCUGCAGCAGCUCUGCCUCCAGUCCAGUCGGCGGCUCCGCCUGCAGGGGCCCCGCCUCCAGUCAAGUCAGCGCCAGGUCCAGCGCCUCACGUCAAGUCGGCACCAGGUCCAGCGCCUCACGUCAAGUCUGCGCCAGGUCCUGCGCCUCAAGUCAAGUUGGCGGCCCCUCCUGCAGCGCCUCAGCCUCAAGUCAAGUCGGCGGCCCCUCCUGCAGCGCCUCCGCCUCAAGUCAAGUCGGCGGCCCCUCCUGCAGCGCCUCUGCCUCAAGUCAAGUUGGCGGCCCCUCCUGCAGCGCCUACGCCUCCAUUCAAGUUGGCGGCCCCUCCUGCAAUCCAGUCGGCGGUCCCACCUUCGGGGAUCCUGGUUGCGACGGUCCCGCCUCCGGGCAAGUCAGCGCCUUUGGCACCUCCGCUCCAGGCAGCUCCUCUUCCGUCAACUCCUCUCCAGUCGGCGCCUUCAGUGCCUCCAUUCCAGUCAACUCCUCUACUCCGUCCAGCUCCUCUCCAGUCAACUCCUCCACUCCGGCCGGCGCCUUCAGCACCUCAAUUCCAGUUGGCGCCCAUCGCCUCUUACGCCUGCCCCCUAGACUCCGGCACCGCAUCCUGUGCCAGAGACGCUGGCCCCCCAGACUCAGGCGCCGCCUCCUGUGCCCCAGACGCCUGCCCCCUAGUCUCAGGUGCCGCCUCCUGUGCCCCAGACACCGGCCCCCCAGACUCCGGUGCCACCUCCUGUGCCCCAGACGCCGGCCCCCCCAGACUCCAGCGCCGCCACCUUUGCCCCAGACGCCAGCCCCCCAGACUCUGGCGUCAUCUCCUGUGCCCCAGACUCCGGGCCCCCAGACUCUGGCGUCAUCUCCUGUGCCCCAGAGCCCCCCCCACCCCCCCACCCCCGACUCCGGGGCUCUGUGCUGUGCCCCAGACACCGGCCCCCCAGACUCUGGUGCCAUCUUCUGUGCCCCAGAUGCCGGCCCCCCGGACUCUGUCUCAGCCUGCGUUGGGCGUCCGGUGCCGGCCUUUGGGGGGGCGUGUGGAUCCUCACCUCCGGCUCAACUGGCUCUGGUGUGGAAGAGGAAAUCCAAAUGGAGAAAAGCUCUUCAAUAA